GCUGCUUUGGUUCCUGGUUCCUGAAGCCGGUGUAGCCUUUAGCUGGUCCAAAGAAGUUUCAUUUUUUUUACACCUUUCCGACUGUUUUUUGUGCAUUAAAAUGGCUGUGAACACGAGCACAUCACUGGUGCUGUCCAGCCUCCUCUCUGUGCUGGUGUUUGCUGGGAUGCAGAUGUUCAGUAAACAGCUGAGCUCCACCGAGUGGCUCACCAUUCUGGGAGGCUUCCUGGGCUCAGUCCUCUUCAUCUGCUCCCUCACUGCAUUUAAUAACCUUGAAAAUCUCAUCUUUGGAAAGGGAUUUCAAGCCAAAAUCUUCCCAGAGAUUUUGCUGUGUCUGUUCCUCUCACUGUUCGCCUCAGGUCUGGUUCACAGAGUUUGUGUUACUACAUGCCUGAUCUUUUCCCUGUUUGCACUGUACUACAUCAACAAAGUAUCUGCUGCCCUGUACCAAGCAGCCGUGCCCAUAGUGACCCCGGCUAAAGCUGCCAGCAAGAGCAAGAGGAAGAACUGAUCCAGCAGUACUCCGCUUCGGUCACACUGUUGUUAUAUUUUCCACUCUCACUUCAAUGUCAGACAUCAAUUAUGAUUUGUACAUGUAAAGUGCAUCUGCCCACAUUCCAUCUGUAAAUGUUAUACUGUAUGCGCCCAUCUGGUUUCAAGUGAUUACAUUGGAGUUAGUUUUGAGCUAAAUAUUUUUUCAUUCAUUUUAUAAAUAAACCUGAAGGAAACGUC